AUGCCGUCGUUUGUUGAAAUAUAUGAUCCAAAGAAAAGAAAUGAAAUAAUCGAGCAACAUAUACAAAUGAGAAAAAAACAAAAAAAUAAAGAUCAAGAAGAACAUGAAGAACUUGAAAAAUUAGAGGAAAAUAGAGUUGAAAUAUUUAAACCAAUUUUGGAUUCAAACAAAAAAUUGCAAGAAGAAAUUAUUGAUGAAAAAAAUAAAAUAGUUGAAACAUUGAAUACUUUCAAAAACUUAAAAAUGAGCGGAGAGCGAUCAUUAUCAGAGGAAAAACAGUUGACUAUUGAGCCAAAUAAACAAGCUGUGUCUAGUCCUAAAACUAUUACUGUAAGUAAUUUAAUAGCUACAUAUUUACAAGACGAUAAAGAUAAAAGUAAUGCCGGAUAUUCUUUAAGAUAUGAUAAGAAUAAUAAAUCAUAUACAAUCGGAAAUAAAACAGUAAAAUUUGAAAAUAAUAAUAUAAAAAUUAAUAAUGUUGAUUAUGAAGCUACUGAGGGAUUAAUGGAAUUAUUAACAAAAAAAUCACCAAAUUUAGUUUUAAUAAGUGAUUAUGAGAAAAAGUCAUAUCAACAAAUACUCUUGUGUUCUGACGCUUGUUAUCAAGGAUUUGACAAGAAUGCUCCAAACAAAAGAUUGAAUUCUGAUCCGAGUGAUAAAUGGAAGUUUAUAAGAGAACAUUAUUUUACUAAAUCUACUUCAAGUGUGGCUGAAAAAAGUGUAACAGGAAGCUCUAUAGAUUUUUUACCGUCUAAUGUGAAUUCACUUAUAGAUAUGCUAAGAUUAUCAAUUGGAUCAUAUAAAGCAGGAAAUAAGAAUGAAUAUAAUAAAAUACAUAGAAUUUUGGAUGAAUUGAAAUGGAUCCUCUGGAUUCAUAAUUUAAUUUUUAAGAACUAG